UAUUGGUUAAUUGCCAAAGAUGUUUGCCAAAGCCACCAGUAGCUUUGUGAAGCAGAUAGACUCCGAUGGAGAGCUGAUUCCUGUUGCACGACUGAAUGACUCUGACAAGCUUCAGCCUCUGUGUCUGGUGAUUAAACGCAAGAGAUUCUGGUUCUGGCAGAAACCAAAGUAUAUUUCAUCACCAUUCUCCUUGAGCGAUGUGCUUAUUGGGGAUAACCCUAUUGAACCUGUUGUUGUGGAGUCUGCUUUCCUGAAUUAUGAAAGCACAUUUGGGGACAUCAUCGGAGGUCAUGUCGAAACUGAAGUUGGAAAUCUCAGUCUCAGCAUGGAAGGAAAAGGUUCCUCAAAACUACAGUCUUCGUUUGGAGACUUAAGGAAGCAGGAAGUUGAUGUUCUUCACCUCCUGCAACACUCUGAAGAAAGGGUGAUAAAUAUGGAUCACCCCUUUGUACAGCAGACUCGUGAAAGGCCCAAUGAAGUGUUUGGUGUUCUUAAAGAAAAAAUCAUCACCACUCAGAAGUGCCUGAUUUCUGAGCAGGUUCAAGAAGAAGGGCAGUGUGGUAGUAUGUUGGGGCUUAGAGCUAAACGGAUAAAGGUGUCAGUCCAAGAAAAUGGGAACAUGCAAAAGGACAGCAGUGUAGUCUUAGAAAUUCCACCAGAAACAGUCCUAGCUUACAGCAUUAUUGAGCUGAGUGUUAAAACCAAUGGACAGUAUGAUUUAUGUCUGCUACCCGACAAACGUGGGGGCUUUGAAGCUGAAACCAGUAAGAAGCCCAUAUCUCCUGAUCUCCAAUCAUUGGUGGAUGGUCCGAUGGAUGGGAUGAUUGAGCCUGACGGAGGGAGGGUUCAGAGGAAUCAUUCUGAAGAUGUCAGAAACAUCCCCAGUGAAGCUCCACUCGCUGUCCUGAAACAAGAUUUAGAGGAAUUUAAGACACAGUUUAAACCAUUUGCAGAAAUGCCUGAAGACGAACGAUCUGCAUUGUUCAAGAUGGUGAAUAAAGUGUUGCGUGACAGUGCAGUGCUUAUCGUUGUGGAGAACAUGCUGGAGCAGCUCAGCUCUGGUGCUAAACCAGAUCUCGCAGAACUGGAGGAGUUAAACCCCUCUCAGAAAGCAUGUGCGACCUCUCUGCUGCAGGCCAUCGGAUACAGCUGUGAAGAGAGCCAGCUGAUGGAGACGGACAGUCUUCACAGAGCUCCUUGUCUUCUCACUGCUACACACUUCCUCAUCAGUGCCAUGGAAGAAAUGUCAGAUAUUAGUCUUGCAGAACUUGCCAGCUGUUGUGACCUGCAAAUAAUACAAGCUUUGUGUUCUUUGUUAAGCAGCAUUACAGCAGAAGGCAACUCUUCACUGAAAACCCCUCUGAUUGAAGAGAAGAAAUUCCACAUAGCUGAGCACCUCUUUGCUUUAUCAGACAUUAAUCUGCAGAAGGAUCAAUCUGCAGUGAGAGCAACAACGGGAAAACAGCCUGGAUUCCUUCCUUUAAUCCUAUGUAUAGCUGUGAGUGGACUGGCCACACUGAGUGAAAGCCAUUAAUGUGUGUCUGAGACGAGAGACUGUUAUGAUUUGAAACAGCUGUUUUUACGUUAUUUUACAUACAUUUUUUAAAGUUCGUGGUAGCUGUGAAGAGAAAAAAAGAGGUUUAGAACUCUUGUACUGUUGACUAGAAAAGUAUGGCUCAGAAGUAUGUUUGGUUAAUAGUUUAGUAACAAGUCUGACUGACAGAAUAGCAACACAUCUAUUGCUUAUGAGUAUGAAUGUGUUUUCUACUGUGGUGGAAGAAAAAUGUGUUUAAAAAAAAUUGAUUUCAUAUUUUAAAAGAAAGUUUAAAUAUUUUAUUUUAUUUUUCAGCACUGAACUUUAAUGAGUUUUAUAUAUGUGUAAGAGAUAACUGUUAGCCUCCACAAGUGUCUAAAGGGCUGUGUAGACAAAUUUGAGGCAGAUUUCCAUGAAAAUUUGUUGUGACUGUUAUUAGAAGGUGUAUUUUAGUGUUAAAGUUUUGUUUUAUAUCGGCAAUGUCCAGCUGAUGGCGCCAAAUGGCUGUUUUUGUAUUUUGUACCUAAAGGCUUUUGGAAAACCAUUCAGCAUUUUUAAUUUAAUGUUGCUAUUAGGAAUAUUGCUUCCUAUUUAAUUCUUUGUGAUUUAUUUUAUAAUAAGCAUUAUCUCUUAGGAAUAUCAGUAACCAUGCAAUGAAGUGAUUGCUUUGAGGUCUACAGUAACUCCCAUGAAUAUAACCAAGUUAGAAUUAUUUUUUUGUAGUCAAGUUUUUGUAUUGUAAAGCUUGCAAUCCUACUAUACAAUUUGUAUACAUGUAUUAAAAUAAUACCAGUAUAUAUUUUCACACUUGUGAAUUAUUAUUUUUUUUUAUCAUUCACUAAAAUCGGUGUGGUGUAGUUUGUACUGUUUGAUCACCGAUUUCAGCAAUACUGUGUAAUCACCACAAAAUCACUAGGCAUCCCUGAAACACAAGUAGUCAAGGACAUUGUAUUAAUGACACCAUACAAGAUACCAUGACGUUAAUCAAUGUGAAAAAAAUAUAUAUAUAUAUAUAUAUAUAUAUUCUCUCACACAUACUUGAAAUUAAGAAAACAAAUAGACAUACAGUAUUGUGUACAUUCUUUUCACCUGGGAGACAUUGCUAAUAGAACACUGGAAUUACUGUUUACCUGGUUAGAAGACGCACCAUUUUGUUCUGUUGCAAUUGCUGUUAAAUGACUUUGCAGAUGGUCACGCCAUUGUGCAUGAUGGUGAAUGCUGAUACACUCCCCCUGUAUUACUCUUGUGUUGUUGACCUGCAGGUCAAUCAGAUGAAGAAAAGCCAAUCCCUAUUAGUUGUCCUAUCUCUCAAAUGUAUUGUGAGGUGACAUUUUUAAAGCAUUUUCUGUCUAUCAACCCUGCUAUUAUGUUUUGGGUCUAUUUGAUCUGACAAUGGUUUCCAUUGACCUUAAGCUUCAUUAAUUCUCUUCUCCAAACAUCAAGGUACAACACAAUUUUGGGUUCUGUGUAAUAAAAUAACAUUUAAGAUGGUGGGUAUCUGUUUAAAAUUGACUGGGGCAUACCAAUUUCAAACAUAUCAUUUAAUAUUAGAAGUCAAACACAAAUGACUCAUGAAUGAUUUUCUUUUAUUUUGUAUAUUAUUAAUAACAGUAAUAUAAGUGCAGUGCCUGGUUUGCAGUGUUUUAGCAGCACCGGCCCAACUGGUCACUUAAAAUCCAAGAAAACAAAAACAUGAUGUUUUGAAAGCAUGUGUCUUCAUGAUUUGAAGGCAGCAAAGUAGCUGCUCCCACAAGAAUGCGUUAAAUACUGAUAAAUACUUUAAAAGGGGUCGCUAAAACUUACAGGCUAGACCUAGGGUUACCAAAGUUGUUUUUUGUUAUUCAACACAUAAAAUGGUAGACACAUUUGCAAGUUACUCCUGCUGGGCACACAGGAUCCCCUCUGAUGGGAGAAUGGUGGAGGUGUUGUUCUAUGGUAUGUGGCACUUAGUUUCAUAUUUAUGUAAAGACCGACUGUGACGGACCUUGAUGGGUGCAGUAUUUUAGUGGCAUUUCUAUACAUGUGUCUUUAUGUAAGCGUACGUUCAGGAUUAUUGCCCAGUCUUUUUAUCGGACUGGUUUCAAAUAUUGUACGCACCAUACUCAAUUUACAUAAAGAAAAACUUUAAGACAACACUUUGUAGAUUACAAACAGGCAGCAUUUUUGUUUUUUUCUUAAAUACCAGCUUUGUUGAGUAAACAAUUAUUUUUUAAUGACAAUUCAAAAUAAUUCUAGAUCACACACAUUAAAAUCUACUGCAUAAUAACCACAGUUAUAUUAUUUUUUAAUGCAAGCUCCAUAAAUUACCAACUAAAAUCACAAACAAAUACAAAUAGAGGAUUUCAAUAUAAUAAAAUAUAUAGAGGUGUGUCUAUAUACAUGAUUAUAUAUACA